AUGUCAUCUUGUGGGCAUAUACAAGAGCGUCUGUUAACUGGCGAGUUGUCUUGCACUUUUCGGUCCAAUCUUCACUCUCUCCUGACACCACUAAUACCCUUGGGCCCAUCUGUCCGAUACAGCCUAUUAACCCCUUCCAUCCUGCCGAGGUUUGACAUUCCAAUUCGAGUCUCAAUCGGCCACCUCGUGAGUCCGUUCAUCCAUACCAACGUCCAUCCAUCCAUCUAUGCGUCUAUCUAUCCGGUUGGCCAGCACGGGUGCCUCUUUUCUCCGGCCAAUUGUCUACCGGUCGACGAAGCGCCUUCAAACUCCGCGCACGCCAGACGCCACCACAGAACUCCACAUAACACACACACAUUCACCACUCCCAUGGGCACGAGCUGUCAGCCCCAGGCCGGUACCCUCUCGCCUUUGCCUGCUUCACUUCCGAAUUAUGAAAGGACUGGUGAGACUGUGUCAACUCUCUCCUUUCAGCCCCAUGCCAAAAUGAAGGCGAUUGUGUGCCUACCUGCUGGGGCACGAGUUCGUUUGGGAUUUGGGCAAAUCUUCACUCGGCAACUUCUCUGGCCCAAUUUUGCAAAACCCAUCACUUCCCGCCAAGUCGGUGCGUCCAACUAUGGGGCUGAUGCGCCUCGGCCGCAUGGGCUUGGCACAGCCCACACAUGCCCGAACGACGUGUUGCAGUCAAAGUGUGCAUAUGGCGACCUGAAGAGGGACUGGGAACGGGCGAAUCAUGGGCAGACUUCAUGCGAACUCGGCGAGCCGUCGCGAGCAAGCUGCGGUGGUCAAUUCGAGCCGAAAUCCUAUCGUCUGCUGAUACAACUCCUCCUACACAUACCCCUUUGCACAGCAUCCGGGGAUCCUCAGUCAGGCCAAUCAGCGCCGUUGUACACCUCAAAUCCUGACAUAGCCGAGAUAGAUAAAGGCAGACAAACAGAUGAAUAA